GCAACGUGAUAUCGUGCUCUGGCUGUGGACUGUUUGAUAACCACUUCCGUUUUUCCCUCACUAGUCCACAUUUGCGUUUACCUUGAACGAUAGAAAGACAUUGUAGAAAGGUUUUUGUUGGUUUAAACUAAAGUUUAGGAGGUCGACUGUUUGAGGAAUUUUAUGGAGCAUAAUAAUGGAGAUACUUCUAGCUGGGCGAUGCAGCGACGUAUGGAAGGUUUGGUCAACAAACACAUGGCAGACAUAGCUCUAGAAACACUCCAGCAGAGACUUUCAGCUGUGUCCGACGAAAUGAACAAUCUUGCGGAACAUGUCUCGAGACGCUCGGAGGAUAUUCCCAAAGAUGAUAUUUCAAGACGACCUGAUGUCAACUUUGACGUUGAGUCGCUGAGUGCGACGUUUAGCACGGGUGGUGUUGGGGAAAAGUUGUUGAUGCCUGGCACCUCGUCAUCAGCAGAGACGGCUGCCCAGCGUAAGAUCAUCUCCUUGCUGGUGGAGAUCAAGGAGGAGCAGCAGAGACAGUGGUCAGUGUUGAGGGAGCUGCAGGCCAGGGUUCAGGGCCAGAGCUUUACGGAGGCAGAGGAGGAGGUGGAGGCUCUAGACAUCGACAUCCCGCUGAGGACCAUGGAGCAGCUAGAUGACACAGAGAGGCACCUGGAGGAUGCCGGAGCACAGAAGAGAAUGGUGUCUCACCUGUCACGGAUGGGCGGGGCCACAGUGGAUGAUGCGGUGCGAAGGCUCAUGCAGGCUGUGCUAUCUUUCGCUGUGGGCUCUGAGCUCAACUGGGUGGGCCGCGGCCAGAAAAGGAGCUUCAGAAACACCCGCCUCCAAGGGGUUCUCUUCCGUGCCCUGAAAAGAACCCCUGUGGGCAAAGAGGCCACACAUCAUCAGUUUGCAGAUGUGGUGAAGAAAUGGCUGCGGUACACCCCGUUCAGACAGGGAGGGAGUGGUCGACGGCUUUACAAACCACCUGUUGACUUCCUGUGUCCAAAUGAAUGUGUAGGUCUGCCUACACAUCUGCCUACACAUCCACAGUAACGCUCAACCAGCUUACCGUAAAACUUCAAUUACAUAGCCCGGGCAUUUAUUUGCUUAAAUCAUUGAACACAACAGGUGCUUAUUAGAGACAGGCAUUUAUUUCCUUAAUGCAUACAGAGUAAAAAAAAAAAAAAAAGUUUACCCUUUUAUUUAACUAGGCAAAUCAUUUUUUACAACGACGCCCUACCCCGGCCAAACCCGGACGACGUUGGGCCAAUUGUGCGCCACCCUAUGGGACUCCCAAUCACGGCCGGAUGUGAUACAGCCUGGAAUCGAACCAGGGACUGUAGUGAUGCCUCUUGCACUGAGACGCAGUGCCUUAGACCGCUGCGCCACUCUGGAUCCCAACAAGCAGUUUCUUAUUUACAUAGUUAAUUGUUUAAUUUCAGCUUUAAUUUCCAUCUGAAUAAAUUUCGGUAUUUCCUGCACUGUUAUCAUUUACACACGUCAUGUUUUUUUGUCUUAGUAUACCUCUAUUUUGGGGGGAGGGGGAAUUUUCCUUGACCGAAUACAGUCGUGGCCAAAAGUUUUGAGAAUGACAAAAAUAUUAAUUUCCACAAAGUUUUCUGCUUCAGUAUCUUUAGAUAUUUUUGUCAGAUGUUACUAUGGAAUACUGAAGUAUAAUGACAAGCAUUUCAUACGUGUCAAUGUUAUUGACAAUUACAUCAAGUUGAUGCAAAGAUGCAAUUUGCAGUGUUGACCCUUCUUUUUCAAGACCUCUGCAAUCUGCCCUGGCAUGCUGUCAAUUAACUUCUGGGCCACAUCCUGACUGAUGGCAGCCCAUUCUUGCAUAAUCAAUGCUUAAAGUUUGUCAGAAUUUGUGGGGUUUUUGUUUGUCCACCCGACUCUUGAGGAUUGACCACAAGUUCUUAAUGGGAUUAGGGUCUGGGGAGUUUCCUGGCCAUGGACCCAAAAUAUUGAUGUUUUGUUCCCCGAGCCACUUAGUUAUCACUUUUGCCUUAUGGCAAGGUGCUCCAUCAUGCUGGAAAAGGCAUUGUUCGUCACCAAACUGUUCCUGGAUGGUUGGAAGAAGUUGCUCUCGGAGGAUGUGUUGGUACCAUUCUUUAUUCAUGGCUGUGUUCUUAGGCAAAAUUGUGAGUGAGCCCACCCCACACAUGAAUGGUCUCAGGAUGCUUUACUGUUGGCAUGACACAGGACUGAUGGUAGCGCUCACCUUCUCUUCUCCGGACAGGCUUUUUUUCCGGAUGCCACAAACAAUCGGAAAGGGGAUUCAUCAAAGAAAAUGACUUUACCCCAGUCCUCAGCAGUCCAAUCCCUGUACCUUUUGCAGAAUAUCAGUCUGUCCCUGAUGUUUUUCCUGGAGAGAAGUGGCUUCUUUGCUGCCCUUCUUGACACCAGGCCAUUCUCCAAAAGUCUUUGCCUCACUGUGUGUGCAGAUGCACUCACACCUGCCUGCUGCUAUUCCUGAGCAAGCUCUGUACUGGUGGUGCCCCGAUCCCGCAGCUGAAUCAACUUUAGGAGAUGGUCCUGGCUCUUGCUGGGCUUUCUUGGGCGCCCUGAAGCCGCCUUCACAACAAUUGUACCGCUCUCCUUGGAAGUUCUUGAUGAGCCGAUAAAUGGUUGAUUUAGGUGCAAACUUACUGGCAGCAAUAUACUUGCCUGUGAAGCCCUUUUUGUGCAAAGCAAUGAUGACGGCCCGUGUUUCCUUGCAGGUAACCAUGGUUGGCAGAGGAAGAACAAUGAUUCCAAGCACCACCCUCCUUUUGAAGCUUCCAGUCUGUUAUUUGAACUCAAUUAGCAUGACAGAGUGAUCUCCAGCCUUGUCCUCGUCAACACUCACACCUGUGUUAACGAGAGAAUCACUGACAUGAUGUCAGCUGGUCCUUUUGUGGCAGGGCUGAAAUGCAAUGAAUUUGUUUGGGGGGAUUCAGUUCAUUGCAUGGCAAAGAGGGACUUUGCAGUUAAUUGCAAUUUAUCUGAUCACUCUUCAUAACAUUCUGGAGUAUAUGCAAAUUGCCAUCAUACAAACUGAGGCAGCAGACUUAGUGAAAAUUAAUAUUUGUGUCAUUCUCAACUUUUGGCCACGACUGUAAUUAUUCUCCUCUGAUUGCAUUUUCAGUUCUUACUUUCGCCACUAGAGGGCAACCAACAUUUCUGGAGGUCUACUCCUGAAGUUGACUGUUUUUGUGCUUGCCAGUUAGCUAGCAGCUGUUACUUACCAGCGAUUAAAAAUGUAUGAUUACUGUUUUUAAAAGUCAUUAAACAAUGAUGUAAUGUAACAAAUCCAACGAAUCCUCGUAAACAAUUCAUGGUAACCUCCAUAAACAGGUGAAACAGGUGUUUAUUUGCUGAAAUGUGUCUUUGCCCUGCUAUUAAAAGGAACAUGCGGCUAUUUGAUACUCAGCUUUUAAUUGAAGUUUUACGGUAUUUAAAUAUAUUCCAGUGUUUAAAAUUGAUGUAUUUUCUUUAAGUUUGUUACAUUUUGUAAAAUAAGACCUAAAUGAAUACAUGCAGGUUGGCCCAUAUUACUUCAUACAGGGCCGAACCUGUGAUCUACUUAAGUAACUUGGACCCGGCCUCCCGGGUGGCGCAGUGGUCUAGGGCACUGCAUCGCAGUGCUAACUGCGCCACCAGAGUCUCUGGGUUCGCGCCCAGGCUCUGUCGCAGCCGGCCGCGACCGGGAGGUCCGUGGGGCGACGCACAAUUGGGCUAGCGUCGUCCGGGUUAGGGUGGGUUUGGCCGGUAGGGAUAUCCUUGUCUCAUCGCGCUCCAGCGACUCCUGUGGCGGGCCGGGCGCAGUGCGCGCUAACCAAGGGGGACAGGUACACGGUGUUUCCUCCGACACAUUGGUGCGGCUGCCUUCCGGGUUGGAGGCGCGCUGUGUUAAAGAAGCAGUGCGGCUAGGUUGGGUUGUGCUUCGGAGGACGCAUGGCUUUCGACCUUCGUCUCUCCCGAGCCCGUACGGGAGUUGUAGCGAUGAGACAAGAUAGUAAUUACUAGCGAUUGGAUACCACGAAAAUUGGGGAGAAAAGGGGAGAAAAAUUAAAAUAAAAUAAAAAUAAAUAAAAAAAGUAACUUGGACCCCUGCAUGAAUCAUGCAUUGAUAUAAAUUGAGGAUUUCUACUCAAAGUCCAGUUUCUCACACAGUUCUCAAAAUUCUGCCCACUAUGCACCGUCUCCAAUAGACACACCCUAUGAAGCUCCUCACCAUCACAGAUCUGUCCGGUGUGGUGUGCUAUCUCUGUUAAUACCUGUGUAAUUAAUUCAAACCAAAUAUGCUGCAAAACCUGUUGAUAAAAGUUGUAUUGCAUUUAAUGCUUUGAAGGUACUGAUUAGGAAGCUUUCCUGCAGAUUUGGCCUAAUUCUUCUAAUGAGAGUAUUGGCAAAUAUAUAGUUAACCCAUUUGGCCUGCAUAGCUCAUAAUAUGCCAUGGACGUUACAGUUUGUAGUAGGCAUAUGUUUUCAUCAUGAAAACCCAGGCUUCCAGGUUAUUCAAAUCACCACCUUUCUGCACAUUGUCACUCAGUGUUAUGAUUGAAUGUCAGAGCAAAUUACUAUGUUAGUCAUAUAAAUGUCCAUAUAAGCUUUCUUGUAACAGACAUAAUACAUUGUAAAUGUCCAUAAAUACAUUUUUGAAAAUACAUAUUUCUCAUUCA